UCACUUAACGAACGCGCUUUACGUGCUGCUGUCAUUUGCUCCACAGUACCCGGCCUGUACAUAGAAGAUGAAACGCAAGUCCGCCGUUGCUGUCUUUGCCUGUCCGCCGAUUUGCCAAUACGUUAAAAUGUUAGCUGGCUAACUAGCUGAAAAAGAGCAACUAAAUCGGAUUAGCUACUAACGGCAGCCUCCCUCUAGGUAAUAUCCAGGUAUUAUUUGCUGUACUUGGCAACUGUUACACAGCAAACGGUCGACUCUGUUUAUUUUUAUUUUUAAUUUUUUUUAUCAUAUUUCUACAAAUGUGUCAAAAUUACUACUUUGUGCUCUAAUUGUUCGCUAGAAUUAGUGUCGCUGCAAACUUGCCAGGUUAUUAGCUAGUCAAACCACAACGAGAGCUGGACCUCCUUUGCUAGCUAAUCCUCGCUGUUUGUUGCGAAGAGCGAAACUAAAACUGGUGCCUCCGACCCCAACCGAGGGUCAAGACGGAGCUGACGGCCAGCCUGAGGUGCUAGCUUGUCCUCAGGCUAGCUGGCAAGAGAGCCGCACAAGAUUUGAUCCCCCGAAAUUAACCCUUCAGUCGGAUCAAAGAUGUCAGGAAAGGACAAAGACAAACAGGAGAAACAGUCCACAACAGAGCGGCUGAUAAAAGACGAUGUUGCCUUUUUCCAGCUGUGCCAUACCCUCCACAACAUAAGCUGACUACAAAAGAGCUAUUUGAAGAUGGCAAGCCCAACGCAGAGCUGCUCCGCAACCACCUUGUCAAGGAAGGCAGGGUUGAAGAGGAUGUGGCUCUUAAGAUCAUCAAUGAUGGGGCCAACAUCCUCCGCCAAGAGAAGUGUAUGUUGGAAGUGGAGGCGCCUAUAACAGUGUGUGGUGAUGUCCAUGGACAAUUCUUUGACCUUAUGAAGUUGUUUGAAGUUGGGGGAUCACCCAGUAACACACGGUAUCUCUUCCUCGGUGACUACGUAGAUCGAGGAUACUUCAGUAUUGAGUGUGUUCUCUACCUCUGGUCGCUCAAGAUCAACCACCCCACCACACUCUUCCUCCUGCGUGGGAACCAUGAGUGCCGACACCUCACAGAGUACUUCACCUUCAAGCAGGAAUGUAAAAUUAAAUACUCUGAACGGGUGUAUGAUGCCUGUAUGGAGGCCUUUGACUGCCUGCCCCUUGCUGCCCUGCUCAAUCAACAGUUCCUUUGUGUACAUGGCGGACUCUCACCAGAAAUCAACUGUCUAGACGACAUAAGAAAAUUAGACAGGUUUAAAGAGCCUCCAGCAUUUGGGCCAAUGUGUGACCUAAUUUGGGCUGACCCUGGUGAGGACUACGGCAGUGAAAAGACAUCUGAACACUUCAACCAUAACUCUGUCAGAGGCUGCUCUUACUUUUUCAGUUACUCAGCAGUCUGUGACUUUUUGGUAAACAACAACUUGCUGUCAGUAAUAAGAGCCCAUGAAGCACAGGAUGCAGGGUAUCGGAUGUACAGAAAAAGCCAGACCACGGGCUUCCCAUCAUUAAUCACAAUCUUUUCAGCUCCAAAUUACUUAGACGUCUACAACAACAAAGCUGCUGUAUUGAAAUAUGAGAACAAUGUGAUGAACAUCCGACAGUUCAACUGCUCCCCCCACCCUUACUGGUUACCCAACUUUAUGGAUGUCUUCACAUGGUCUUUGCCUUUUGUUGGAGAGAAAGUGACGGAGAUGCUGGUGAAUGUACUGAACAUUUGCUCUGACGAUGAGCUCAUGUCAGAGGGAGAUGACCUAUAUGAAGGUGGCACGACGGCAAUGCGUAAGGAGGUCAUCCGAAACAAGAUUCGCGCUGUGGGGAAAAUGGCCAGAGUCUUCUCAGUCCUCAGGGAGGAAAGUGAGAGUGUGUUAACACUCAAAGGCCUGACCCCAACUGGAACUCUUCCACUGGGAGUGUUGUCAGGGGGAAAGCAGACCUUACAGACUGCUACCAUUGAGGCAGCUAAAUCACAAGCCAUUCAAGGCUUCUCUCCUACGAGGAAGAUUCGUAACUUCGAAGAGGCACGCGGCCUGGACAGGAUAAACGAGAGGAUGCCGCCUCGCAAAGAUGGCCAGCAGCCGGACGGCACCACGAUCAACACCAACACCCCCAACAAAAAUGGCACUGGAUAGAAACGCCGUCCUCCCAUCUUCACACUGCCCACACCCCCUGACUCAUAGCCCCCAACCACUCUCUCUCUCUCUCUCUCUCUCUAUCUAUCUGUUGUCUCUACUGAAACUGCAUAUCCAUCUUCUGCCUGCCUACAGUCGCGCAGGGAAAGGAAGAGGAUUCAUCAGUAGAUAAAUACAAAAGGAGGCCACAGCGCUGGGAAAACACAUCCAGCUGCUGAAAAAAGACAAGCAGAUUAGUAUGUUAUCUGGGAAAGAUCGAAUCUUAUUUAUUGAAGAUUAAUUUUAUUAGAUAUAUUGUGUAAUAGCAAGAAUCCAUUGAAUGAAGACAUUUUGCAGUUGUACAAAUGUAUACUGUACACUGAAGUUCUAACUUCUACAUGUCAAAAGUAUAAAAAAGUAAAUUUUAUAAAGUUGAGUUGAUACUGAUAGAUGAAUCCCUUUCCUCCCAGAAUUUUAGUCACUUUAAAUUUUUUUAAACUUUAUUUUUAUUGUGGUCUGGAUGUGUUUGCUGAGGGAAAAUUUGAAAUAUAAAUGCAGUGGCCUCAACAGCCUCAUUUGGAUCUUGCAAGGUUCUUGUCAAGACAAUUUAGCUACUUCAGGUUCUACAUACAGUGCAGUGUUUGCUUAUAUAUGUGUCAGAUAAAUUAUAUAUGUAUUGAAUGGUGAAAAAAGAAUAAUGGAAGUAAAUAAUAUGAGAAUAAUGACUACAAUUUAAUAUUUUAUACUUAAAGCAGAAAUGAAAUGAAAGCUUGUAAUCAUAUUUAUAAAUUUUCCACAAACCUUGAUGAAUCCCCAAAGAAUGGAUUUUUGUUGAGUAUUUACACUUCCAGAGUAACAACACUUUCUUCCUGUAUUAUCAUUUGUGAAGGAAAUGGUUAAAGUGAAGGAUUAAUGCUUUGUGUGCAAUGAUAGUUGCUGUUGCUGGCUGUCCUGUGCUGGUAUGACUUGUAUUCACUUGAUGGCAGCUAGGAUGUUCUCGCUCCGCUAAACCAAAAAAGGGAUAUACAGUACAGCCCGUCCUUUUCUAUCACCACAACCAGACCCGUAAAUCCUCCCACGCACUGGCUGGAAUCACUACUUCUUCUUCUCAUGCACUGAAGUUCAGCUGACCUCUCUGGGGGUUAGGCACUGCACGCGGAAGAUUACUGUACGAGAGACCAACUGACACAGAAGGACACAUUUUCUCUCCAGUCAUCCAUUUGGACUAAAGAGGACAUGUUUGCUUACAAAGCAGAGGAACUGCUUCGCAAUACUGUCAUCACGGCUUAGGAACUUUCUGUUUGAUUUGAUGUUUUAUUGUCAGACACUUAAAAGAAAAAAACAACAAAAAAAAAAGAGGGGGGGUGUGCUUCUGGGGCUUUCCUUGUUUAUAAAGCCGUAUUAGUGUCGCCAUGUACUGUUGAUUAUACAGUACGCAGAUGUUUUUUCAAUUGUAAUAAUCGUACGAAUCAAAUAAGGGAAACGUUUGACAGCACUUUGACGAUGCUGUACCCAGACACAACAGACUGAGUCAUUCCCCUUGGCAGGGAUUAUACUAUAAAAGGUACUGCCGCCACACUAACAGCUGUCUAUCAAGGCCUAACAGUCCUCCAAUCAUCUCAACCAUGGCUGACUCAUGUAUACAGUAUAUUUUUACGACUCGCAGGCAUAACCAAGAUGGGGACCAUUAACAUUGGCUGAGGUUGCCGGUGCGUAUAGGUUUUUCUUCUCUUAGGUAUUCAGCCCUCCUCUUCUCUGAACACCUCCAAUCCUCGUCACAGGCACUCCCAACCCUUUAAGACCUGCUUCUUCUAGGACACAAGACCAACUCAACUGGUGCUUCAACACACCUGACUGUAAUUCUGUUGUGUAUUGUCAAUCAAGACAGGAGGGCAAAAAUAAGCUUUAAGGUUUGCUAUUCUCUUAUGAAUUUACUUUUUUUUUUUUUUUUUUUUUAAAUGAGGCGUUUGCGCUCAUGUGCCAUGCCACCUUGGCCACACAUGUCAAGAUCCGUGUGUGUGUGUGUGUGUGUGGAUGGUGAGCAGAGUCGAUCCAGGAGACUUUCAGUCACACAUUAUUAAAGCUAAAGUGUCAGUAAUAUUAAUCUUGGAAAUCCUUAAAAUUUCCAAAUAUUGUUUGCCCUUAUGUUCAGUAGACUUCUGGGGAAAGCUUCCUAAAGAUUAAAUAUUUUGGUUUACAUUUAUAACUGAUGUUAAAAUUUGUUUUGAAGGUAAGGCUUUAUUGGGUGAGCCAUACAGUAUACUGACCACCUGUUAGGUCCUAUACAUAUCUUACAAAAUGUAAAAAAAACACUAUUGGUCAUCAAAGAUCUUAAAAUAGCUGUAAAAAGGGGUGAAAAAGACUACCGUACGUGUCAUGCGAGGCCAUGAAAUCUUUUAUGUAGAUGUAGCACUUGAAAGAAAAUAAUAAAAUUCAAAUACAGUGUUUUAUUUGACUCGUCUUGGAUGUUGGCUCUUGUUAUUUCAUUGGCUCCAAACAAAGUUCUCUGGAUUUUGAUGACUUCUUUAUAAAGUGAUGAGACUGCUCUGUUACUGUUGUGUUUACAGCUUGUUCUGCUGCCCCCAA